CGUCAACUCUAUUCAUCCUUCCUCCCUUCUUUCCUUCCUUCUUCCCAAACCACACCCACUCACGCUCUUUACCAUGGCACACUAUAGAGACAAGCCAGAGGACAUCACCGACGCUGAGGAGUUUGAGCUGCAGGAGUCGCGCGACGACCACGACCCAGAGUACAGCGCCGGCGCGUCCGACCCGCUCCUGCCGCCGUCGUACGCUGCGGCCGGGUACCCUCCUCGCCAGGCGUCACCGAUUGCUGCGCUCAAGCGCCGCCGGCCGCGCGGAAAGGGCCGCAGGACCUUCGUCUUCCUCUGCGCCGCGCUCUCGCUGCUCCUCCUCAGCGCUGCAGGCGGCGCAUACUAUGCCCGCCAGCACGACAUCAAGAUCGGUGGGCUGAGCUGGGACGCGUUGCCGCCCAGCGUCAAGGAGUGGCUUGACCACGUCGUGCCCACCCUCAAGGUCUCCAACGACGACAAGAACUUCCCCACCAACAUUGGAUACGCUGGCCCGACCCCCACUGGCAAGGAGCCCGCGCUCCUCGUCACGGCGCCCCAUCUCCCCCAGUACACUGGCGUCUCGCCGCUCAUCCCGCCGUCUGGCAAGUCCGACUUCAACAUCCACCACCACUGGGGCAACCUCUCGCCGUACCACACGGUCAAGACCCAUGGCCUGCCCGAGUCGUCGCAGCUCAUCCCACGCCACUGCAAGCUGGAUGAGAUGCACUGGCUCCAGCGUCACGGUGCGCGCUACCCCACGUCCAACCCCCUCGGCCCCGCUGGCUUCGCCAAGCGGCUCGGCGCGGUCAAGGGCUGGAAGGCGGGGGGCAAGCUCGCCUUCUUGAACCACUGGGACUACAAGCUCGGCGCCGAGCUGCUCACGCCGUUCGGCCGCUCGCAGCUGUACAACCUUGGUGUGGCCGCUCGUGUCAAGUAUGGCUUCCUCCUCGACCGCUUCAACGGCAGACUGCCCGUGCUCCGCACCGAGACCCAGGACCGCAUGCUGCGGUCUGCCCAGAACUGGGCUGCGGGCUUCUUCGGCAUCCCUCACGAGGACCAGUUCAACCUCGAGGUCAUUAUCGAGGCCCCGGGCUUCAACUGCACUCUCUCGCCGUACCACUCGUGUCCUAACGACGAAAAGGUCUACCCCAAGACCCGCGCCAAGCUCGCCGAGUGGGACGCCGUCUUCCUCAAGGACGCCCGCGAGCGUGUCCAGAAGCUCAUCAAGGGAUACAACGUGUCACUCGCCGAUGUCAACAACAUGAUGGAGAUGUGUGCUUACGAGACCGUCGCCCUUGGCCACUCUGCCUUCUGCGACCUCUUCACCGACAAGGAAUGGAAGGGCUUCGAGUACCGCAGCGACAUCUACUGGUGGUACGCUGCGAGCUUUGGUAGCCCAGUUGCUCGUGCCGAGGGCCUAGGAUGGCUGCAGGAGCUCACUGCGCGUCUGACCCACACGCCUGUUACUGAGUUCAACUCGACCACCAACUCGAGCCUGCACGACGACCUCCACUUCCCAGUCAACGACCCUCUCUACAUCGACUUUACGCACGACACAACCUUUGCCCAGCUCCUUCCGACCCUCAACCUCACCUCGUUCUCCGAGUCGGGUCCUCCCCCGCUUGACCACAUCCCCAAGCACUGGUCCUUCAUCACGUCCAAGUUUGCCCCCUUCGCAACCAACCUUCAGGUGCAGGUGCUCACCUGUGGCGAGAAGGUGGCGGACACCGAGUCGAGCGGCCCGUCUUGGUGGCCAUUCAACGACAAGGACAAGGAGAAGCGUCACGGCGACGACGAUGACGACGAUGACGAUGACGAUGAUGAUGACGAGGAGGAGCACCUCAGGCCGACCCCUGCGUCGACUGCCAAGGCCCCAGUGGGGACGAACGCUUCGCACGACGACCACUCGACCACCAGUGGCGAGUCUCAGCGCUAUGUGCGCAUCAUCCUCAACGACGCGCCUGUGCCGCUGACCGGCAUCAAUGGUUGCAAGCGCAACGACGACGGUCUGUGCUCGCUCGACUCGUUCGUCUCGUCUAUGCACACCCUGAUCGGCGAGGUCGACUUCUACAAGGCGUGCCACACCGACUACGACUUCGAGCCCGAGGUCGGCAACGGCCGCCCUCUGGACAUUUAAGACAUCUUUUCGUCGAUACAGGCGACUUGAAGCAGGCUUCUGCCCCCUAGACAUGGAUACUACACCCCUAUCCAACCCAUCUUUUCUAUCCUGCGCUGUUUGUAACAAAUGCAUUUGGGGAUGUACUUC